CCAGGGAGUAAAGGGAGUAAUUAAGGAGGAAAAGGACAUUGCAAAGAACAAAAUGAUUUCUUUGCAUCACAAUUCACCAGAAAGGAUCCUGAGGGGACAUUUAUUCUUUGCAGGUAAUAAAGAUGAGGUACUGAAAGAGACUGAGGUGUAAAAAGAGAUGGUGCUGGAACAAAUUGAUAAACUAAGGAGCAAUAAGUCAUCUGGAUGAGAGGGCACACACCCAAGAGGAAGAAUCAAGUGGCUGGGAGGCUAAUGAGUAUGCAAUUGCUCAUUAAAAUUUGCUAUUAUACUAGAGGGCACCACUCUUUCAAAAAUAGUACUAAGGGAGAUACAAGGAAUUCGAAAUUGGGAAAUCUCACUUCAGUCCCAGCAUGUCAACAGAAGUAAUAAAGAAGAAGCAGAUGGUGUAAUACAUUUGGACCUUCAAAAAGCCUGUGACAAAGUCUCUCGCGGAAGACUCUUAAAAUAACUAAAGUGUCCAAGGUUUCAUUCCUGUCUAUUUCCAAGGACAAGAGGAUGGCUGCCACUCUAGGACUUAUUUCCAUGCUUUGUUGCGUCAUGUUAUUUCCUAGGUUACAUGCUGUCAUUUUGUAUACAGAGUCAAACUCAUCAUCCUCACCCAUUGCCAACUUGACGCUGAAUCCCGAAAAACUAAAGCUGACCUGGGACAGCAGUGUCACUGUUACUGAAUACAUCUGUUCUAUGAAAGUAGGCAAGAGAGUAGUAUGGAAAACGGUGUACAAUAAAACCUGCAUGUUUAGCAUGAGCCAAGCUAAGCCUAUACAUAAAGGGGCAUUGUUUCAAGUUCAAGCAACGUACAACCACACUUUCUAUUCAGGAGAAGGCAGAUUCAUUCCUCAAGGCAAGAAUGGAACUUCUGUUGAAAAUUUCUCCUGCGUGAUUUACAACAUUUCCUUCAUGAAUUGUACUUGGGAGGCCGGCAGGAAUGCUCCAGAAGAUACCCAAUAUUUUCUUUUCUGGCAAUACUCAAAGGAAGAAAAUGAACAAGAGUGUCCACAUUACAAAAGAGAUGCACCUGGAAGACACAUCGCAUGCAGUUUUCAAGAUGUGAAAGACAUUAAAAAUACAGUUUACUUCUUGGUGAAUGGGUCCAGCAGUAAAUCAGAGAUUCACUUUUACGAUGAGUACAUCGCACUAUAUGAAAUUGAAAAACUCACUCCUCCAUUAAAUAUCACUGUAAGCUGUUCUGAAGACCGAGCAGAGUGUAUAGUGCAAUGGAAACAGCCCCAGCUAAGCCACAUGGAAAGAAAUGGAGAUGAAUGCUUUGAGUAUCAAAUUGACAUUCGAAAUAAGAAAACUAAUGCCAAUCCCAAGGAAAGCUGCAAUGAGUGUCCUACGGUAACAGAAACAAGCUACACAUUUCAGAAUGACAAUGUGGAAAAAAAAUACACCUUGCAAAUCAGAGCAAAAGGAGAUAUUUGUCGCAUAAGCCAGAAUUGGGGGGAAUGGAGUGAGCCCAUUGAGUUUGGUACAGACAGUGACCAUGAAUGAUAUCACUCUCCUGAGGCUGACACAGAAAAA